UCAAUUGUUGAACAAUGUCGAGUCUCCGCUUGGCUCCUUUCAACUUGUGAUACAUUCAUGGACACACUCAAAGCUGCGAAAUUAACCAAGUCACGUGGCAUGACAACAGCCAUACACCGGAAAUGAUUCUUCACAAGACGAAAGAGACAAUUGUAUCCUUGGAUGGAUAUGCACAUAGUUAUAAUUUAGACUCUCACUACGUGUUACAGGGGGCAAAGAGAAGAGAUGAAAUACUUGCAAUUCAUGCCUAAAGUAAGCAAAGUCUAUUCACAAGUCCAAUUGCUGAGUGCGCAAUUAAUAUCGAACAGCUCCAACUGUAAUCUUCCACGAUUCUCCUGCCACUCACUUCUGUUCACUUUUGAAAGUGAGCUUUCCGGAGCGUCAUUGAAGGCAUCACCGGUUAAACGACAGAGACGAGAGAACACGGAGAGUGGAGUGAGAGAGGAACCUGUACUCUUCCACAACAGAAGAGACUGGAAUCCGCAACAGAUACUACAGUAAUCAUUUUACUCAAUUUCUGCAAAGUUGCCCGUAAAUGACCAAAAGGGAAGACACAGAAUAGUGUAAUCCACGUUUACAUCGGCUGGAUAUGGACUCGAUCUUGACAUUUGCUUUUUGGAGUGGUGCACCGGUCUUUUUGUGUGUGCGUGUGUUGGAGCUUCAACGGCGUUUCAACUGGUGGAUUUUGUAGAUGGCUGCCAAUAGGUGUAAAAUCUGAAGAUGGAGGACAGAUGCCAGUGAAAUGAACGAAGAACAGAAGUGUGGAUUAAUAAUCAUGAUAUUGAGACUUUUUGAAACGUUACCACAAGAGACAAAAAAUCCAAGUCCCUUUUUAUUCAGAUAGUUAAACAUGAGAUACAACUUUUGUAGAUAUCUAUCUCAUAAUGUUUACACUCUAAGGCAUAAACUUUUUUCUUUAUAUUAGGGUACUAGUACAACAGAAUAAUUCAUAUUGACCAAAAUUAGUGAGAGUGAUAGAUGAAGAUGCCUAGAUGGCAUUGUUUUCUUUAACCAGACAGUGUUAAAUGAGUUGCUGUGACAGCAGCUUCACCCCAGAAUGACUGCAGACAGAUAGCAUUUUAAUUAACUAACAAAGGCCAACUUGACAUCUCUAGAUGUGCAACGACAGAUAGCAGUAGAUUGAACUUUUUUGAAUGAAAGAGGCCAGGUAAGCAGGGUAGAUCAAAUCCCAUGACGAAUCCUGGUGUGGGGGUGAUGGAUACUCAGGCGCAAAAUCAGAGGGAAAAGUCGACACCCAUCAAGAGCAAUUCUAAACAUGAUAUUGAGGGUGAGGAUGACAAAAUAUCAGGGUCUUACAACUGCAGUGUUUGCAACCGCAGCUUCCCUUUCCUGAGCUCUUUGUCACAACAUAUGAGGCGCCAUACUGGUGCACGCCCUUAUAAAUGCCCCUACUGUGACCACAGGGCCUCUCAGAAGGGCAACCUCAAAGUUCACAUACGCAGCCACAAACUGGGCACGCUCUCUAGCCACCACUCCAAUGAAGAUGAAGAGGGGGGCGCAGAGGAAGAAGAGAUGAGUGUUUCAGAGGGUCUCGAUGGAGGCACAAGUCCAACCAAGAGCAGCUCAGCUUGUAAUCGCAUGAUCAGUGGAGAUAACGCAGACAAUAGUCGCAGGAAAGUGCCUGUAAGGAGCUUGAAAAGAGAGAAACCUACACGUGAACAACGGCCAUACUGCUGCCGUCUUUGUGGCUAUGAGGCCCAGAGGGAGGACCAGCUCCUGAGCCACAUUGAGAAGGUCCACAUCACUGUGGACACAGGCGAGCAGACAAGUGUUAAGGAAGAAGCCGUUAUUGAACCAAUUGAAUCACAGUGUGAUGGGAGCUUUCCAUGUGAAACGUGUGGGCAGGUGUUCACACAAGCCUGGUUCUUAAAGUCGCACAUGAAGAAACAUGCAGGAAUCCUGGACCAUUGCUGUCGCAUAUGUGGAAGACGCUUCCGUGAAGCUUGGUUCCUAAAAUCCCACAUGAAAACACACAACACCAGAUCACGAUCUCGUGCAAAAUCUGAUUCAGCUGAGUAUCCUGCCACCAUCAAUGAUGUAGCACAGGAUCCUGAAAUUGUCGGCUUUUUUGUGUCUGUCUACCAAAUGUGCUCGAAAUGUGGGAACUUGUUUCACAGCAAAAAGAGCCUAAGAAUUCAUGAUAAAGUCCACAGUCUUAGUUAUGGAAGGAAGUCUCACAACCAUUCACAACUCAGUGAUGAUGAGGACUCACCAGCCACAAAGAAACGUUUGCUCGACUAUUUAGGCUUGCAGCCCGUUGGGACAAAACUCAAGGAGGAUGAAACUGAUAAGAUAGAGGGUCAAAGAAUCCCAGAGCUUGAUCCAGUUUGCAGCUACCAAGCAUGGCAUUUAGCUACAAAAGGAAAAGUUGUAGAACCAGUGGAGAACAACAAAGCUUCCAGUGAUGGGGGAACUAUUGGAGAGGAAGAAGGUGCUACAUCCGCUGUAGUUUAUGAGAAAGAGAAUAGCGCUUUUGCCCUUCAAGCUCAAGAAAAACACAACACAGGUCGCCGAAACAGCUCCAGUUUAGGAAACCAACUUUCAUCUGGAGACCAGACACCGGAAAACCUCAGCGAUUCAGAGUACCGACCAUCAUCUCGCCAGGAAAAGAGACGACCAUCCCAGUCGCAAGGUCCCUCUAAAUUCGCUGAGUGCUGUGAAUGUGGCAAAGUGUUCCGCAGUCGUCACCAGAUGAUUGUCCACCACCGAGUGCAUCGAAAAGAUGGGGGCAGGACAUCAGUGGGCGGCAAGGAAAAAAGCGGAAGUAAAGACCAGUGGAGCUCCACCAGUGACCCAGAAUCAGGCUCCCCAAAUCGACCUUUUACCCCGGGGUAUGGAGAUUCCCCACCAGCCUCCACUUUCAGAGACCAGGCAUCUGAGAUGGGCACUGCUAACUCAGGAGAGUUUCCAGAUGAGAAGCCUUACAUCUGCAGCCUGUGUGACUUUGUUACCAAUGAGUCACAUGCCUACCUGGCUCAUGUACGUGUCCAGCAUCCGGCUGCCUCCGAAGACAGAACCAGUCCCAUUCUUAGAGUCACACCCAAUGGAUACCCCAAGUUGAAGAAAGCCCUUUUGCAAACUCUGGAAAAUAUUCCAUCUCCACCUGCACAUCUUUCAACUUGCUCUCCUCCGCUUGAGCCUGUUUUGACCCCCGUGGAUUUAUGUGUGAGGGUUGAAGGUCACAGGGGCCAAGCUCCCACUACCCUCGACAAGAAAAUUCUCCCGAAGCACAAAUGUUCCUUUUGCUCCCAUUCUACCCUCUAUCUUGAGGUUCUGUGGAUGCACCAGACGAUGGCUCACCGCAUCACUAGUAGUAGUUCCAAUCUGGUGCCUAAAUGGGCUCUGAAAAACAACACCAAGGCCCCAAGAGACCUGACCUCGAGGAGACGUACUGGCCCCCCGCCAGUCUUGGAGGGUAAGGACUGUCUACCGCUGCCGACACUUGCACGUGCCCAACGCACACGGCCCCCAACCCAGUCCAACGAAGUACUAAAAAAAAAAAAAACAGGUUGUUGUGCAGGUGCGACACAAUCAUCGUCCUCUCACUCUUCAUCUUUAUUGUCGAGACCCUCCACUUCCACCUCAGGAUCUCAUGGUGCGAGAGUCUCUCAGAGUCAGCCUCCCCGCUCCAGACCCAAAUGUGAUAUUUCCUCUUGGAGGAGCUCGCCGUCAUCCUCCAAUUCUAAGGAGAAGAGUACCAGCACUCUCUCCCGUUCCCCAGCCCAAAGCCUCAACUCCGCUCCAGCUACCAAAAGGGCAGAAUGUUACAUGAUGCCUCAGGAGGGACUCGGCUUCAUGCUUUCUAGCAAGUACAGUACCCAAGCAGAGUACAACCGAGGAAGAGGCUCCUUGCAACAACCACUCACCAACUCCCAUGGCCAGCGACAGACGAAUGCUACGAGGCCUAGUAGCGUCAUCCACAGCUCCACAGCAGGGCACUAUGGAACCAUGGAAGCAUAUGGUGGCAAUCUUCUGACUUCUUCAUCAUCAUCCCGACUCUCAGAGACUCCUGGGAAUCCAAAGCAGGAGCAAACAGCAGAAAUCCUAGAAAUCCCAAACAACAUCCUCGGCUUCCUCAAAAACUACAGCUCCCAUGAACUGGCAGCGCUGUACCACCACUGGGGUGCUACCAAUUCACUUUUAGAUCCCACUGGGAUGCUGAGGUCUCUCAUGCGACAGGGACAGCAUUUCUGCCACGAGUGUGGCAAGAGUUUCAGUCAGCCCAGCCACCUGCGCACUCAUAUGAGGUCCCAUACAGGAGAGAGGCCUUUCUGCUGCCAGCUCUGCCCAUACAGAGCCUCGCAGAAAGGGAACCUGAAGACACAUGUCCAGAGUGUCCACCACAUGCCUUUUGACAACAGCCAAUACCCAGAUUCUAGGAACUUGUUGCUGAGCCCCGAGGAGCAAAGAGAGUUCAAACCACCGCCACCACCCACCUCACAAAAUCCACAUUAAGCCCUCUGUUGGACAUCUGAAUUUCAGUCCUGGCUAGUCAGGGACUCACAUCAACUGAAAACGCCAUCUUCACAUCGAAAAAUACUAUGAGCCUUUGCUCAGCUUUGGCUUUUAGGGGUGACAAUGUGAAAGAUUUUCUUCCCCUCAGCCGACAUCCUUGAAUGAGGGUUUACAUAUUAUUUGCAGUUUGAGGGAGGAGUUUUACAAUGAAUAAAUACAAAGAUGGCUGCUCUUUCCAUUACUAAAAUAAUAAAAUGGUAUGAGAUAAAAUUUUAACACACAAACCUUUUUUGCUGUACUUGGAAAAAAUGACCACAUGUGUGGAAUGAUUCUCAGGUCUUAGAUUUAGCUCAUUGGCAUUUUGGGGAAAAAAAACAAAAAAAACAUUUUUAAUGAAACUGCUGUGAUAUGCUACUGUAGUGGCUAAGAUUUUUCUCUUUCUUUAAAUCUUUUUUUUUUUUACUUGAUGUAUGCCUCAUGGCAUUGUCUAUAAUCAGCUCUUUUUUAAACGAAGUUCUGUUUCAAUGAAUUAGUUUUAACAUUCUCAUAUUGAACAAUGUUCUCUUCAAAUGUUUAGCAAAAACUUUAGGAUUCAAAAUAUUUGAGAGGUCGCAGCUGCAAACCAUCUUGAAAAAUGACUGAAGUGAUUGCUUGAUUAUCGUGGUAUAGUUGCGUAUAAAUGUUAUCUGCAUUGUGUAACUGGCGAGUCGACUAAUCAUCACAGUCAUAAAGACUUCUUCUGGGCUAAAAGCCAUUGAAAUGUCUUGUGCGUGUCAGCAUCUGCAAAUGUGGUAAAGUCACUUGGCUCUACUCUUUAGUGAAAUCUUAAGGGUGACCACUUUGAGGAGGAUGAUUAGUGAAAGUGUGUGAGAGAGAGAGAGAGAGAGAAAGAGAAGGAAAGAGAGAGACUGCACUAAUGUUCAUUACAAAGACUUGCUUUUUAAUAGCCAUUAUAAAUGAGUGUACCAUUUUUAUGGCCAUACAAUUAUUGUCAAUUGAAGAGGAAGGGGCUGAGUGCCGGCAGUUUCCAUCAAUAUAACUCCUUUUAAAUUACUGAGCCUUUCUCACAUUGACACUUUGAUUUUGAUUUACAGUGCAAACCUGCAGUGAGAGUCAGCCAGAAGAAGAAAUUAGACCAAAGCCAGCUGGUGGGUGUUUGAAGGCAAAUAUGGUUCUGCUAAUACUAGCCAGGGUGAUUGCUCUGUGCUAAAUUGAUAUAUAUAUAUUUUUUUUUUUCAGUCCAAAUUUACUGCGAGCUUUUUGUACCCAAAGGCUGAUUUUAAAAUCCCCUUAAAUAGGUCAAGGAGACCAGCUCUGGCUCACACCGUAAGACAUUACAUUCUCAACAUUUUUCUAUGCCCUGUUUGACCUUUUAAUGACAUACAGUAUGAUCACUGCAAUGUAGGACCACUUCAAGAUUCCUGUACCACACUAUUCUGGGUUACGUUACCUCGAUUUUGGUCAACUGCUUUGUGUUUAUCACCAUUUGCACUGUAUAUUAGCACUGGAUGAAACACUUGCUCACAGAUGACGUUUUUUGGUUUAUUACUGAGAGAGAAUAAAUGAAAUUCUCAUAUUAUUCUUGAAUGACUUGUCGCCUGGUAGAUAGCUUGGUCAAGUAGAAGUAUUACAAGGAUGGCUCUGAUGGAUUGAGUGCAUCAUCUACAGACCGAAGGGUCGCCGACUCUGACUAUCUGCGGUCGAAGUGCCCUCGCCUAAGACAUUGAACCCUAAAUUGCUUUCUAGUUGGCAUUGUAAAGGAGAAAUUGUUCUCAAUUGCCCUCCCUGGGUUAUCCAAUGAAUUUCCAAAAGAGAACAGUCCAAAUUGAGACUUUAGGAUCUUCCCGUAGGGUUCUCCCAACUUUUCUUCUGACUAGAGGACCAUUCUGUCUGCCAUGCUACCAAAUAGUGAUGUUGAACCCUACUGAAAGGCCUCUAUCUUCUAUGUUGUGGCUACCUCCUCUAGAAUGGCAUGUAGAUAUGAAGGAGGAGUUGGUCUGUACAUGGAUUAAUAUUAUUUUUUUUUUUUUGUUGUAUCCUCUACUUUGGCCUUGUCUCUUCAACAACCCCUAAAUUGAGUAAGCCACGCCUUGACUCUUUGGAUACAGGCAGAUCUUCACUUGUCAGGGAACUUGAGUUUUGGGUACAUUUUUGCACACACAUAGACUAUUCAAACCAGUUAACGUACCGAGUAAGACCGUUAGUCUAUUUUGAAACCUCUUGAAAGUCAUUUUUUUACAAAAACAAACAAUGGAUGUAAAACCAGCUGGUUGUUGAGAUAUGCAUACUAUGUUGUCUAAUCGUAGUUCACAAAAGAGUGCAUUGAAGGUUGUGGUUCGUGAGAAUACUUGAAAAUUGAUAUUUUAGCCUUGUAAUGUAGAGUAGUACUAAUAAUGACCACAUUGUACAGAAUUCCCUUUAAGAUUAACUCCUCAGCUAGGAAUUUGUACUCCAAAGUGUGACUUAGCAAAAUGUGAGGCUGGAGUGACUAUAAUAUAAACUGUUUAUCUGUAAUCCACUUUUACCAAACUCUUUAUAUACAGCGGUAGAACAAAACCAAAUGCCAUCAUUAGUGCACUUAGACUAGAUUACUGCUUUAACCUUUCAUUCUGUUCAAUUCUAGCCAAGGUUACUUUGAGAAUGUUACUAAAGCAAUUACAGCUAAUACACUUGUGAUUUUUUUGUUUAUACGCUUUUUGCGUAGAUUUUAGUGAUGAUGUUUAUUGUAAUGGCUGUAUGUCACACCUUUUUGUUCUUUUUUUUUUGUCAUGGAAAUUUUGACAAGUCAAGGUUAUUUUUCAUGAAGAUGUAAGAGCUUGUUCAUAGUCUUUCUCUGCUAAAUUGAAGAACUUUUGCCAUUAGCUCGCAGUGUCUGGCCUCCCACAGUUGUUUUUUUCCUCUUCUUUGGUUGGGGGUUUAUCACAUAUUCUGAGUUGUCUUUUUUGUGUCUAUGAGGUUUUUAUUUGUAUUGAACCUCAUGAUUCAUGUACCUAACAAGACCUUAUUAUUCCACGUGUUUUGGUUGAAAUCUAUAUUUAUUAUCACUUCAAAAAGGACACGAGGACAGAGGCAAGACAGGUGUGUUUGGUAAUUUUGAUUUCCUGGGUCAUUACUUUAUUAUUUUUUUUUGUUUUGUUUUGUUUUGUCAUUUUCAAGCCAGCAAGCCGAUGUGAAAGCUCUACCUCGUCUGAGCCAUUCUCAGUUCUGUUACACUUUUGUAAAUUUCAAAAAACAUGUAAUGUCAUCAUGUCCAAAAUAAAGACACACAAAAUGGUAA